AUGGCGCCGCUGACUUUCUGGAAGCCAGGGACAGUGGGUCCUGGCAGCACGUUUGACCGCGCUUCCGAAGCUGAAGAGAACAUCGUUUCUUACGCUCCUUCGUCCUCUCUGCUCUCUGUCCAGGCGCAGCGAGAAAGACUACCUAUAUUCAAGCACAAGUUACCGCAGUACCUAUACGAGGCAGGAUGGGCACAAGAUGGGAACGUCAUCGCUUGCACGCAACCCCGACGCGUCGCUGCGACAUCCGUAGCUAUGCGUGUCGCCGCUGAGGUCGGCUCUAUGUUAGGUGAUGAGGUGGGAUAUACCAUCCGGUUCGAAGACGUAAGCAACAAGGAGCGUACGCGCAUACGCUACUUGACCGACGGGAUGCUCUUCCGCGAAGCCUUGGUAGAUCCGCUGCUCAGCUCCUACAGCGUUAUCAUGAUAGAUGAGGUGCACGAGCGGAGCGUCUACACUGAUCUGCUGCUCGGCAUCUUGAAAAAGAUUCGACGGAAGAGACCGUCGCUGCGUCUCAUUGUAUCCUCCGCCACCCUGGACGCUUCCUCUUUGUUGGAAUACUUCCGGGCAGACAACGGGCCUGAUGAAGCUAUCAUUCUCAGCUUGGAAGGUCGGAUGUACCCUGUUGAAGUUGCCUACCUUCAGGAGCCUACGCCCGAUUAUGUAAAAAAGGCCGCGGAAGUGGCUUGGGAUAUUAAUUCAAGGCAAGGUCCGGGAGAUAUUUUGAUCUUCUUGACCGGUCGUGAGGAGAUCGAUCGGUGUCUCGAAGAGCUGGCGGAGUAUCUACCAACACGAAAGGGAAACGCAUCCCGGCUCACUCUCCUUGCUCUACACGCUGGUCUCACGACCGAGGAGCAGAUGAGAGUAUUCCAGCCUGCAGAGCGUGGGUACCGCAAGGUUAUCGUAGCCACAAAUAUCGCAGAAGCCAGUAUCACGAUCGAAGGCAUCAAAUACGUGGUAGAUUGUGGCUUUGUCAAGCUGCGUACCUACAAUCCCACAACCACCCUCUCUUCCCUUGCCGUCGUCCCAACCUCACUAGCCUCCGCUGUCCAACGCGCCGGGCGAGCAGGACGAACGUCACCAGGUAUAUGCUACCGCCUGUACCCGCAUCACGUCAUCAAGACAUUCACGAAAACGACCCCUCCGGAGGUCACCCGUACUGACCUGACUACCCCCAUCCUGCAACUCAAGUCCCUCGGCAUUGAUGACCUGAUGAAAUUCGAGUGGGUAACGCCGCCCCCGGCGGAAAGUGUCCUGCGGGCACUGGAGGGCCUCGUGAAUGCCGGUAUGGUAGACCAUGGUGGGGCUCUUACCGAGGUGGGACAGAAGGUGGCAGAAUGUCCAGUGGAAGUCAAUAUUGCACGAAUGCUGUUCAGCUCGAAGGACUUCCAGUGUGGGGAAGAGAUACUCACGAUUGCGGCGAUGACGGCGGUCCAGAAUGUCUUCGUCAUUCCAGAUGGCGCAGAUGGCGCACUGGCUGAGCUAGAACGAAGAAAAUUCACGGCUGAAGAGGGGGACCAUCUAACGCUGUUGAAUACAUAUAACGCCUUCGUCAAGUACGGCAAGUCUUCGUCGUGGUGCAAGAACCACGCGUUGUCCUUCCGUGCCAUGUCCAGAGCUGUCUCUAUCAGGUCGCAGCUUAAAAAGUACAUGCAGCGUUUCGGGUUGCCAUUGAAGAGCUGCGAAGGUGACGCGAAACGACUGCGCCAAUGUUUAGUCAGCGGAUACUGGCGCAACGGGGCACGGUGGGUAGCCGAUGGCACGUACCGCUCAAUCCGAGGCAACAUACCUCUUCACGUACAUCCUGAUUCCGUUUUGUUUACGAGAAAGCCGAAAUCAGGAUGGGUUGUCUUCCACGAAAUGGAAGAGACCAAAAAGAUCCACAUACGUAUCCUGACCGAGAUCGACCCAGAUUGGCUGCUUGCCCACGGGCAUAAAUUCCAAGAAAAGUCCAGGUCGUAG